AUGAGCGAAGACUCCAAAAUGAUCCAUCAGUCUUGCGUUAUACCUCUCCAUUACAUAAGGAUUCUGUUUUUGAAUGCAACUAUUGUUCCUCUCACAUAUAGAAGUACAAAACAAGGGACAGGAAGAUUUCACGGGUUUGACUCGAACGAGUUGCUGUCAAUGCCUGUAAUGCUGAAUAAGAUGGACGAAAACAUCGACGGCUAGAGAUGGAAAGAGCAGCCAGAAAGGCGCUAAGACGACUUUUGCCGGAAGACCCCAAUGCGGUGCCUCCAACUUCAGACAUAUUAAAAUCUGCGCACAUAGUUUAGCAAGUACCGCAGCCAUAUACCAAAUCUAGAAGCAUUAAAAAUGGUCACUUACUAAAGGAAAGGGAAAGAAAAAGAAUAACUCCCAACAUCGUACACAAUCACAUGCGAUAUCAUAUUAAAUACAAUGUAUAUUAACAAGAUAUUGUCGUAUAUCCACAUGGGAAUGAAGACAAUAAACCAGUUCCAUUGAAUCCUCUGGUCAAGUUUCAAGACGAGCAAAAUGAGGAAAAUCAGAAGAUUGAACCACGUGAACAAAGCUCUAUGCAGCACCGCCAUGCGAACGUUAACCUCUCUCGUAACCUAAAAAGCAGACUUGUCAACUCUGAGCGACUUGGAGGCCAUCUUGGGUCGCGACCACCUGUAGCUUGCUCCACAAGAUGGCGGCAUCGUCGACGGGUCCAGAGCGGCGUUCGCUUACAAAUUCAAAUAUCAUCGGGCCGACAAAGCGAAACUUUAUCUCCGAAGACGAUUUAUCGCCGGACUUUGGAGUAAACUAGUUAGUAAGGUCAAAUGAAGAGUACAGGCGAACUGCAUUUAACGGUAGGAUGGCGGACAUCAAAGUGCUCGACGGAGGGUUCUCCACGCAGCUGUCGACUCAUGUGGGUGAGAAAAUCGACGGAGACCCUUUAUGGACCGCCAGGUUCCUGGCGACGAAUCCCGAGGCCGUGGUGGCGACGCACCUGGAUUUCCUGCGAGCAGGAUCCGACAUAAUCCAGACGAAUACGUACCAAGCCUCCGUGGGAGGUUUCGUCCAGUAUCUGGGAGUCAGCGAAGAGGAGAGUCUCGAGCUGAUCCAAAGCGCGGUGGACUUGACCAGGAAGGCCAUCACCAUGUAUUCUAAAGAGACCAGAGGUAAUGGCAAUAUUCCCAAUAAUAAACCAGUGAUCGUAGGUUCCUGCGGUCCGUAUGGCGCGGUGUUGCACGACGCAUCUGAGUAUACCGGAAACUACGGACCAGAAGUUACCCCAGAGGUGAUGUCAACGUGGCAUCGACCUCGCAUCGACGCUCUGACCGCAGCCGGCGUCGAUUUCCUCGCUCUCGAAACGAUACCUAACCAGUACGAGGCGAGAGCGUUGAUCGAAUUGUUAAGGGAGUAUCCUAAUACAAAGGCCUGGCUUUCCUUCUCGUGCAGUGACGACGGGAAGACGAUCGUGGACGGCAGUAACUUUCAAGAGGUCGCCCUGGAUUGCUACAAGAAGGCACCGUCUGGACAGAUAGUCGCCAUCGGAGUGAACUGCCUCGCCCCGAAACUGGUGGCCUCAUUAUUGAAAGGAGUCAACGAUAAGGCUGAAAGGAGGGACUUUGUACCGCUGGUCGUCUAUCCGAACAGCGGAGAGAAGUAUACAGUGACGGAAGGGUGGAAGAGGGAGGGCACCUCUUGGCAGCCUCUCGAAGACUUUGUUCCAGACUGGCUGGACCUCGGUGUUCAAUACAUUGGCGGUUGCUGUAGAACCUACGCCACAGACAUCACAAAAAUACGGUACGAGGUGAACCGCUGGCAGAAAAAGCAGGCAAACUCUGUGAGAAAUCACGUCAAGUGAUGCAAACCCCUCCGGUGUAGUCCAGAAUUCUCUACCAGACUUUAAUUGAGAUUAGUUAGCACAAUGUGGCAUUGACGUCUUGAGGUCGUGAUUGUAGAAGAGCGUUUAAUUAUCCUCACUGUUCGUUAACAAGACUGAACGUUAAGUUUAUCUGAACAAUAAAUGCUGUUUGUAAAAAAA